GCAGCAACAACAGCUACAACCAUAAACCGAAAAAGGUCACCUUCAAGUCUCUUUCCGAGAGGAUAUCCAACGUGGGGUGUAACGCAUCGAAGUUUAUAUUCUUCGACUGGGUCGCAACGUACCGUCAUACGUAUUUCGUCGGUCGCACAGUUCGUACGUGGUAACCCCUCCAAGCGCGUUGUAGUGGUUCUCCAGUGCAAAUAUUGGAAAAAAUAUAAUUCAGCUCUAAGCAAACAACAUCAGAAAAAAUGUCGGUGAAAACUAAGCUCAUGAAGGAAAUCGCCGAGCCGAUGACCACCUCGGGCAACAAGGUGACCAUUGUCGGUAUCGGUCAAGUCGGCAUGGCAUGUGCCUUCAGUAUUCUGACCCAGAGUGUGUCCAGUGAAGUGGCCUUGAUCGAUGUCAAUGCUGACAAACUGCAGGGAGAAAUGUUGGAUCUGCAGCACGGCUCGGCAUUCAUGAAAAAUGCCCAGAUUCAAGCUAGCACAGAUUUUGCCGUCUCAGCCGGUUCCCGACUGAUCGUUGUCACGGCUGGUGCCCGUCAGAAGGAAGGCGAGAGUCGUCUGAAUCUGGUUCAGCGUAACUGUGACAUCCUGAAGGGUGUUAUUCCCAAGCUGGUUGAACUCAGUCCCGAUUGCAUACUGUUGGUAGUUUCGAAUCCAGUCGAUAUUCUAACAUAUGUCGCAUGGAAACUGUCUGGUCUACCGAAGAACCGCGUUAUCGGUUCCGGUACUAAUCUGGAUUCGUCGCGCUUCCGUUUCCUAAUGUCUCAACGACUGGGAGUUGCCCCAACCUCCUGCCACGGUUGGAUUAUCGGUGAGCAUGGUGAUAGCUCUGUGCCAGUGUGGUCCGGUGUCAAUAUUGCCGGAGUACGACUAGCUGAAAUCAAUCCAGCCAUCGGUACGGCCGAGGAUGAGGAAAAAUGGGGCGAUCUACAUCAUGAAGUAGUCAACAGCGCAUAUGAAGUCAUUAAACUAAAGGGCUACACAUCGUGGGCUAUCGGUCUUAGCGUUGCCUCGCUGGCAUCAGCUCUUCUGAGAAAUACUUACAACGUACAUGCCGUGUCUACUCUGGUCACUGGAGAACACGGAAUUUCUCAGGAAGUCUACCUAUCCUUGCCGUGUGUCCUAGGCAGAAAUGGAGUCUCGCAUGUCGUUAAACAAAUUCUGACCGAGGAGGAAACUAAAAAACUACAGACUUCGGCCACCAUCAUGGCUGAAGUUCAGUCCGGCAUUAAAUUUUAAAUCUUGCACUUAGAAUAGUAAUAAAUUAUUAUAUUUAUCAGUUAGAAAACUACUAAGCAAAGCACUAGAACUCAACAACAAAAUUACACUCUAAAUUUUGCACACCAUUUUCUAGAACUCACACUCCUUAAAGCAAACAACUUAUGUAGACAAUGAUAGAGUAUACUUAAAGUAGCUAAAGUCGGGAUGCUAUGACACCAGACUGCAUCCCUGACAAAAACUAACAAAAUCUCCGUUAUCUAAGGCAAAAUUGAAAAUUGCCAGAUCAAAACACAGUCUACCUCUAAAGGCAUUUAAUUAAUCCGGCUUCAAAUGAUUGGAUAAAUUGUUUCCAAUUAGGCAUAAAAGUAGGAAUAAAAGCCGAAAAUACAUUAUAUGAUAAGCUUGCCUGACAAGGUCAGUAAAUACCAGUGAUUUAACAGGCUGAGGUAAUGUGAAAGCAGAACAGUCCAAACCCAAAGCAAAUGGCAAAAAUAUGAACCUGCCGGUUCUUCCACAACUAACUAGGCAGUAAGAAAGCAAAACAAAACAAAAUGUCAUCGUACUGUAAUACACAGUUACAACUA